GUUUACUUCCAUGGCGCGAUUGCAUCAUCCCGCUCCUCCAUGCUUCUUCUCCGCGGCGCAGCGUCGACUCUCCCCAGGACCAGCGCUCUCCGGCCCGCCCUCCGCUCGCUGCCCCCGCCCCGGUCUGCUCGGUCGUCGCCCCGCCACCAGCUCCGGCAGCGGCCCUUUGCCACGUCAGCCCGCCCCGCUAAAGAGAAGAAUAGGAGCCCAGAAGGACAAGCCGUCAUGGACGCCAAGAUGGAGGAGAUCCUCGCCCCCUUCAGGCUCGCAGUCAAGGAGCAGGGAGAUGUGGUGCGCCGAAUGAAGCAGGACGGACUCCCAGAUGUGGACGUCGCCAAAGCUGUUGCGGAGCUGAAAGCCAGGAAGAGAAACUUGGAGGCCAAGGAGCUGUCCUUGCAACCCAAAGACGACAUUGUCGACAGAACCAAGAUGGAAGACACCCUCAAGAGACGUUUCUUUUACGACCAGGCCUUUGCCAUCUACGGCGGGGUGAGCGGCCUGUACGACUUCGGCCCCGUGGGCUGCGCCCUGAAGAACAACAUCCUGCAAGCCUGGAGGCAGCACUUCAUCCAGGAGGAGCAGAUCCUGGAGAUCGACUGCACCAUGCUGACCCCGGAGCCGGUCCUCAAGACAUCGGGUCACGUGGACAAGUUUGCCGACUACAUGGUGAAAGACGUAAAGAACGGCGAGUGCUUCAGGGCCGACCAUCUGCUCAAAGCACAUCUGCAGAAGCUGAUGUCGGAUAAGAAGUGCGGCGCGGAGAAGAAGGCCGAGAUGGAGGACGUCAUCACGCAGAUGGACAACUACACCCAGCAGGAGCUGACCGACCUCUUUGUCAAGUACCUGGUCAAGUCGCCCGUCACGGGAAAUGACCUGACGCCUCCCAUCUCCUUCAACCUCAUGUUCCAGACCUCCAUCGGGCCGGGAGGGAACAUGCCAGGAUAUCUGAGGCCUGAAACCGCUCAGGGAAUCUUCCUCAACUUCAAGCGCCUGCUGGAGUUCAACCAGGGAAAACUCCCCUUCGCUGCUGCUCAGAUAGGAAACUCCUUCAGGAACGAGAUCUCGCCUCGUUCUGGACUCAUCCGCGUGAGAGAGUUCACCAUGGCGGAGAUCGAGCACUUUGUGGACCCCAACGAGAAAGUCCAUCCCAAGUUCUCCGACGUGGCCGACCUGCAGAUCCUCCUGUACUCCUCCAAAGCCCAGACCAGCGGCCAGUCUGCACAUGUCAUGAGGCUGGGAGAUGCCGUGGAUCAGGGCGUGAUCAACAACUCCGUCCUGGGUUACUUCAUCGGGAGGAUCCACCUUUAUCUCACCAAAGUGGGCGUCGCCAAAGACAAGCUGCGUUUCCGCCAGCACAUGGACAACGAGAUGGCUCACUACGCCUGCGACUGCUGGGACGCUGAAACCAAAACUUCCUACGGUUGGAUCGAGAUUGUGGGCUGCGCCGACCGCUCCUGCUACGACCUGAAGUGCCACGCCCGGGCCACCAAGGUGCCCCUGGUCGCCGAGAAGCCGCUAAAAGAACCCAAAGUGGUCAACGUGGUCCAGUUUGAGGCCAACAAAGGAGCCAUUGGGAAGGCGUACAAGAAGGAUGCCAAGUUCGCCAUGGAGUAUUUGGCCGCCUGUGACGAGUCCCUCGUCACAGAACACGAGCAGCUCCUCAACCAGACCGGAGAGUUCACCAUCGAGACAGAGGGGAAGACCUUCAAGCUCACGAAAGACAUGGUCAGCGUCAAGAGGUUCCAGAAGACGUUGCACGUGGAGGAAGUGGUCCCCAACGUCAUCGAGCCCUCCUUCGGCAUCGGCAGGAUCAUGUACACCAUCUUUGAGCACACCUUCCACGUCAGAGGCGGAGACGAGCAAAGAACGUUCUUCAGCUUCCCUGCGACUGUCGCGCCGUACAAAUGCUCCGUCCUGCCGCUGAGUCAAAACCAGGAGUUUGUGCCUUUCGUGAAGGAGUUGUCUGAAGCCAUGACCAAAAACGGCGUCUCUCACAAAGUGGACGACUCCUCGGGGUCCAUCGGGCGGCGCUACGCCAGGACGGACGAGAUCGGCGUGGCGUUCGGCAUCACCAUCGACUUUGACACGGUGAACAAGACGCCUCACACGGCCACCCUGAGGGACCGCGACUCCAUGAGGCAGAUCCGAGCCGAGGUGAGCGAGCUGCCCGGGAUUGUUCGAGACCUGGCCAACGGGGCGCUGACCUGGGCGGAAGUGGAGAGCAAGUACCCCAUCUUUGAAGGACAGGAGACCAGCAAGAAGGACACGGCGGAAGAGUGAAGCUCGCUGGUGGGGAAACUUCCAGACUUGAGUCGCAUUCAAAUCCUUCCUUGGAGAAUAUUUGGCCAGUGUCUCCACCAUCUUGGCAUCAUGUCUGCACUGUAAGACCACCAUCGGCUUGAAAGGGACUACCUGGACGCAGGUGUUGUACAUCGCCAUCAUUCUGCUACUCCAGACGGACAUAUUUAACACUCAAUAAAAACAUCCAGCACUUUCUGGACAUCACA